AUGGUUUCUUUAAAAGUCUCAAAUGAUAACGUCAAGUAUAACAGUGACAACACUGUUUUAACUUCUUCUUACACCUAUCAAAACUCAAUUGUUUCAAAACAAGGUGAAACUUAUACAGUUAAACCUUUCACUAAAGAUUAUGAAUUUCAAGUUGAUUUGAAAGUCCCAAAAGUUGGUUUGUUAUUAGUUGGUUUGGGUGGUAAUAAUGGUACUACUUUUGUUUCCGCUGUGGAAUCAAAUAAACAAAAAAUUGUCUUUAAUACAAAAGAUGGUGAAAUUAAAUCAAACUAUUUCGGUUCUGUUACUCAAGCUUCCACUGUUAAAAUUGGUAUUGAUGAAUCUGGUAAAGAUGUUUAUGUUCCUUUCAAUUCAAUUUUACCUUUAGUUAAUCCAAAUGAUUUAAUUGUUAGUGGUUGGGAUAUUAAUGGUGAAAAUUUACAAAAUGCUGCUAAAAGAGCUAAAGUUUUAUCUUAUGAUUUACAAUCUCAAUUAGGUUCAACUUUAUCCAAAUAUAAACCUUUAAAAUCAAUUUACUAUCCUGAUUUCAUUGCUGCUAACCAAGAAGAAAGAGCUGAUAAUAUUUUCAAUGUUGAUUCAAAUGGUAAAAUCGAUCAAUCUAAUAAAUGGGAUCAUGUUGAACAAAUUAGAUCUGAUAUUCAAAAUUUUAAAAAAUCAAAUGAUUUAGAUAAAGUUAUUGUCUUAUGGACUGCUAAUACUGAACGUUAUUCUGCAAUCAUUGAUGGUGUUAAUGAUAACGCUGAAAAUUUAAUUCAAUCAAUUAAAUCUGGUCAUAAAGAAGUUUCUCCAUCAACAGUCUUUGCUGUUGCUUCAAUCUUGGAAAAUGUUGCCUUCAUUAAUGGUUCUCCUCAAAAUACUUUUGUUCCAGGUGUUGUUGAAUUAGCUGAACAAAAUGAUUCUUUUAUUGGUGGUGAUGAUUUUAAAUCUGGUCAAACUAAAUUGAAAUCUGUCUUGGCUCAAUUCUUGGUUGAUGCUGGUAUUAAACCAAUUUCAAUUGCUUCUUAUAAUCAUUUAGGUAAUAAUGAUGGGUUCAACCUAAGUUCAAAUGAACAAUUUAGAUCAAAAGAAAUUUCAAAAGGUUCAGUUAUUGAUGAUAUUGUGGAAUCAAAUCAUUUAUUAUAUAACAAAGAAUUAGGUGAUAAAGUUGAUCAUACCAUUGUUAUCAAAUAUUUACCAGCUGUUGGUGAUACUAAAAUUGCCAUGGAUGAAUAUUAUUCUGAAUUAAUGCUUGGUGGUCAUAAUAGAAUUUCAAUUUCAAAUGUUUGUGAAGAUUCUUUAUUAGCUACUCCUUUAAUUAUUGAUUUGGUUAUUAUGACUGAAUUCUUAACAAGAGUCUCAUAUAAAGAUGUUGAUUCAAAAGAUUCCAAAUCUUUAUAUCCAAUCUUGGGUUACUUGAGUUAUUGGUUAAAAGCUCCAUUAACUAGAAAAGGUUUCCAAACUAUUAAUGGAUUAACAAAACAAAAACAAGGUUUGGAAAAUUUCUUGAAAAUUUUGGUUGGAAUCCCAAUUUCUGAUGAAUUGAGAUUUGAAGAAAGAUUAUGAAUAUCCUGAUCAUUAAUUGCAACAUUAUAGCUGUCAGUUUAUAACUAGUUGCAGCUUUUAUAUUAUAUGAU